AUGUUAUUCUUCUUGAUUACAAUUGGUUUAUGGAAAUAUCAUGAGGCUGCUCUGACUGAAUUCAGCGGUUUUCACUGCAUGAUGCGUCAUUCAAUGCGUAUGAAUCGAGAAAUACACGGCAAGCCACAAAGAACUCCUCCACCUUUUGAAUUUCGAUUUUUGGAUUCAAAAGGUCAUGAUACUCAAUACUAUGAGCCAGGGAAAACAUAUACUAUUCGUUUGAUUGGUUUUAUACACUUUCGCGGUAUAUUGCUUCAAGGACGAUUAACAAACGAGAAUGGUUUUUUACUUGGUUCAUUAAAAGCGGGUCGAUUUAUCGAAAGUAAAACUUGGGAAACAUUUGGUAUUCGUAUGCAAAAUUGUCAUCUACAUGGAACUGGCUGGGAUGAUUCCGUGACACAUAGUGAUGAUUCUAAGAAGUUUAUUGCUCAACUCGACUGGAUUGCUGACAAUGAUAUUGGCCCUGUCCAGUUCAUGUUAACAAUUGCGGAAGAAGACGAGAUUUAUUGGGAGAGAUGGCGACCAGAAAGUGGUUUUAUCAUGCCUAUUACUUGGAAAGAUAAGCACUUGAACGUUAUCAAGGAGGUAUUUACGGAUGAAAAGACAGCUAUUGAACGCCUUGUAAAACAACAAGGCCUUGACAACCAAAAAAAAAUUACGUUAACUUCGAAAACCAAUAAAACUGAUAGAAACUUUACCCUUGGACAGCAGCUUCUUACUGAGAACAAAUUCACAGUUCAAGAACUAAACGCUUUAAGAAGGGAUGCUUCUGAACCUUUGCGAGAUGCAGCCUAUCAACCUGAAAAUGUAUUAGAAAACAAAUUAGGCGAAGGAACACAUCAAGCAACGGUCUUAGGACUACUUGAUGAAUUCCCAACUCCACUCUGGGAAUCAGAAGCAGUCACUAAUGCUGACUUUCCUGAAGUUCAAAUCACUACUGCAUCUUGGCAUUCAAGAGAAGGAGAUGGCAAUGAAAUUGAACACGUUUAUGAUGGUCGCUUUUCGAGAGUCGCCUUGACAAAUCUAAACAAUGAAAUAGCAGUCAAAACAAAAACUUUACGAAUAGAUAAUUGUCGCGAAAAUCCAUGCCAGAAUAAUGGUCAGUGCCGUUUAAACAGCACCGUUAAAAUGGGUUUUAUUUGUAUAUGCAAAGAAGGAUGGACGGGUCCAUUUUGUCAAAAGCAUGAUGUGAAGUACGACAUUUGGUCUUUAAAGCUUUAUUCGCUCUUUUAUUUUCCAGUUAAAGAUCGGUGCAUUGGACAUAGUUGUCUAUCAGGAAAGUGUGAUCCGAAUUUAUGCAAGAGGAAUGGCACCUGCAUAGAAAAAAGCAACGGUGAAUUAGGUUGCAAUUGCCCACCUGGAGCCUCUGGCAGAUACUGUGAACGCGAAAUUGACGAAUGCAAUUUUCGACGUUGCAAAAAUGGUGCAAAAUGUAUUGAUGGGUGGAACGACUAUACAUGUGUGUGUCAGCCUGGUUGGAUGGGCAAAGAUUGCGAUCGACCGUGCCAAGAUAUUUAUCGAAGCUGUGUGCAGUGGAAGAAUCAGGGUCAGUGUGAGCAAAUGCGCCAUCAUACUCGAUUUUUCGACGUUAACUGCGCCUUAUCUUGCAAGCAAUGUAUGUAUGUAAAUAAAACAGCAUUACCGACAAAGCCUUUGGCUCCAAUUUUACUUCCUUUAGCUUGGAUGAUCGGUAUAUGGAAAGCUGAAGUAAAUGGUGAUUUUGCCGUUUUUGCACUAGGUUCACGUACGCGAACUGUGGAUUAUGUGACAGAUUUCAACGGAGUAUCAUAUACCGAAAUUUUGGCAAUUACUGUUGCUGAUGUAUUGAUGUUUGGAAAGCCAAGCAUCAAUUUUACAUCAAUUGCAAUCAACAAAAAUGACCCAUUAGACCAGCAUAUUCAUUAUGGCUUUCUUACGGUUGGCUCGAAUCUGAAUGGAAAACCAUCGGUGGCACUUAUCACUUCAAGUAAUUUGGGUCAAAUAAUGAUCGAGGAAGGAGUAAUAAAUUCAAAUAGCGUGCAGUUUACGCCAAUGUAUCGUUCAGCUCUAUCACAAACAGCUAAUAAAUUGCCUCUAGAACUGCAGCGAACAUUUUCAAAAAAUAAUAAAAGAUUGAUGCAAAGUUUAACGAAAAAAGAUUUGGAUGGACGAAAUCGUAGUAUAAGUAAGCGCUAUGACAAGAUUGUUGAUAUAAAAUAUUUGUGA